AUGAAAUUACGUUCAAGAAUUACAAAUGAUAGUGGCAAAGAGAAAACAAAUAAUGUGAAGAAUGUUUUAAUAAAAGAAAAUACAACAGAAAAUGUUCAGGGAGAUGAUAAUUUUUGUAAUAAAAGAAAACGGCUGCACGAGGAUAGAUCAAAAAGACAUGUACUUGGGGAGCGUGAAAGUAAAUUAGCUAGGUCGAAAGAACAACAAACUGAUGUUUAUAGCAAACCAAAGUCUUCUAAAUAUUGUUGGCAAACUGAAGGUCGUAAUUCAACAAAACGUAAAAGAAUUUCUUCUGUUUCUUCAAGUAAUGAUCAUAAAAAAUUAAAACUUGCUUUGGAUAUGAAUGAUGUUGAUAAAGUACAAGAAUGCCCAAUUGAAAAAAAAUUAAAAACAACAGAAGAUUUAUAUGGAUUUCUUUUUUCUAACACAAUAAAAAAAGAUGCAGAAGGAGUUUUUGAUGAAGAUAGACUUCACACACUAUUAGAAAAAGAAAAAUAUCUACCGACUUCUUCUAUUGCCGAUUGUUCUCCAGCAUCAACUGAAGUAGAUUUAAAUUCAAGAUCUUAUUAUCAAUAUGUUAUUGUAGGUUUCGCUAUGGAUAAAUUUCAUUUUCGAUCUGAAACUGGACUACUUGCUAUGACUAUUUUUGAUGAUUGUUGGAGAUUGAAUCUUGUCAAUUCAAACAACUAUAGUUUAAUGAUUCUUGCUUCUGUUUAUAUUGCUGCAAAGUAUGAAGAAACAGAAUUACCUGCAAUUGAUGACUUUUCAAAAUAUGUCUUUCCUUCACAUACUAUAGAUGACAUUACUAAAACUGAAAUUUUUAUUCUUAAUGCUAUAAAUUUUAAUCUAGUACGUCCUCUAUCAAUUGAAAUAAGUAGAUACUUUGCACUCAACUUAGCAUAUCCGGAAAAAGGAAAUUUUAUUCUUGACUAUAUAUGUUUUGUAGUGGCAGCUGAUAAUAAAACAGCUCACCUUAAACCAUCGACAAUUGCAUCAUGUGCUGUGAUAAUUGCAUGUGAAUUAUUUAAUAUUUCUCCUGGUAACAACCGCAUAUUACUAAUGAAAGAAAUUACUAAAGAUAAUUUAUGCAAAGUGUUACCUUUAAUAUGUGAAGUUGUGAUUGAUUAUGUUCAAUUAUUUACUAAUGGGGGGAGAAAUAAAACAUAUAAUAUUAUCAAUAUUAUAUUUGAUAAAAAAAGAUAUGGCAAAUUGACAAGCUAUUUUUAUUCAAAAUUACCAAAACUUUUAGGAUUUUAUGAAGAUUUAACUGAAAAAUCUGAGAAAUAA